ACAUAUAUCAGCCACUCGUAUUAUCUUCCCAAUCUUAUACGAAUUCAAUUUUACCUUUUAAUUGACAAAUUGAGUUUUAACAUUUGGAUGAUUUGAAUCGUCUUCUUCCUCUAGAUAUCUUCAAAGAGAUGCAGAAUCUGUGAAAUCGUCUUUACUUUUUUUUUUUUGUUGUUUGGUUGGAAGAAAUGGUGACGCAGAUGUUUCAGUUGCCGUUACAGUACUGUGUUUCGAGUUUGUCUUCUUCCGGCGGUGACAGACAACGGAGUUACGGUGUUUGUUCGCCGUCUCCGGUUGUUAUUUGCAAUUUCAGUGGUAUUUCUGAUGAUCGUUGGGUGAGGCGGAGUAAGAAGAAUCGGAGAUUCGGUAGUUUGAUAGCUAAGCAGGAGAAAGGAGAUGUUACGGAGAUUCGUAUUCCGGUUCCGUUAACGUUGGAGCAGGAAGAGAAGGAGAAACAAAACAGAGAUGAUGAUGAUGAAUAUGAAGAUGUAUACGAAGAAGGAGAAGAAGUCGAUCCUGAAGAUCUCAAAUGCGUUAACGAGAUUAAACGGGUAUUGGAGCUUCUCAGGAGGAAUAGAGAUAUGAUCUUCAGUGAGGUUAAGUUGACAAUCAUGAUUGAGGAUCCAAGGGAAGUGGAAAGAAGGAGGCUGCUUGGAAUUGAAGAUUCGGAGACCCCAAGUAGGGAUGACUUGGCUGAAGCCUUGGAGCAGGUAAAUGAUGGGAAAGUCCCUAAAGAUCGUGCCACUCUCCGGAUGCUACAUGAGGAAAUGAUGCGUUGGCCAAAUUUAGAGGUUGAGGUGUCAAAGAAGCAGCGAGGAAAAUCAAUGUAUGCUAAAUCCACAGACACCGGGAUAGAUCCAAAAGAAGCAGCCAAGAGACUCAACAUAGAGUGGGAUUCAGCUGCUGCAAUUGAAGAAGCCGAUGUCAAUGAGGAACAAGGAGUAGUAACCAAAGUCGCGGGUUAUGGAGCGUUGUACUUUGUAUCGGCUUUACCAGUUAUCAUCGGUGUCUCAGUUGUAUUAAUCUUGUUUUACAAUUCCCUUCAGUAGAGUCAAAUCCAUUUAGUUUCUGCACACCACCACCAUCAUUGAUGUUUUGUAACUUAAGAUCAUGAAAUAAAUUUAAAUUUUUUAAAGCAUCUUCUUCCUUA